UUCUGACGUUUGGCGUUUCCUUUUUGAGAUAGAACCCACCUCUUCCUGUCGGUGUCAGACUAGUAACUUCACCAUAUUUAGUUGGUCAGAGCCCUACAGAGUUGAGCACAGGCAACCGGGAUGAAAAUCUUAGCCAUAUCGACGAAUGCAACCGGGAGUUGACAGCCUAGAAACAGCGAAACUGGCCGCUGUUGGAGAGUGACAUCAGUGGAAACUAGGCGGCACAUCAAAACGGGUGCAAGCUGCCUAUCAUCAGCAGACUUUGAGUGAUAAGUAGCUGUCUAUUGUCGGAUGAGAAUUCUAACUAGUAGUCGUAGGUAGCUAGAUGGCGAGCUAGCUAAUUAUCGCCAACUACCAAGCCUUAAACUCGAUAUCUUCUGGACGUAAAACUGAACUGAUCAGAUUUUUAUUCAGCAAACUGAUAAUAAACUAAAGAGCCCAGUGAAUCUGCAAUUAUGAUAUAUUGACAUUGUCUGUUAGCUAUACUUGUCUCAAUCCAUUUGCUAAUCUAGCAGCUAGCUAGUUUAUCGUCGUCGUUGAGGCUCGAGCAAGUAUCGCCGUGGCAGUGAAUUCCGAUUGGAUACCUUGAUCGACUUACAGACACCGGGACACGGAAGACCCUCAUCCAAAGGGACUGGAAAAGGGGCCCGUUUGACAGUGAGCAGAGAAGAGAAUUCGGGGAAACUCGUAACUACUCUGUUGCAUCGCCUGUGCGGUGUUGUGAACUGCCGAUAAAGCAGAUUGAACCAAGGAAGAGUUCCUGACAUUUGACAUCUGUGAUCCGGGGAGUGAACCGGGCAGGGACCUCAUGAAUGGAAAUCGGAACGACAGGAGCCGUUGGAGCCCAGCCCCUGUUCACUGUGCCACGGCGGCCUGGCUAUGGCACCAUGGGAAAGCCCAUCAAGCUGCUGGCCAACUGCUUCCAGGUGGAUAUCCCCAAGAUAGACGUCUACCUUUAUGAGGUGGACAUCAAGCCCGAGAAGUGCCCGCGCCGCGUCAACAGGGAGGUUGUGGAUUCCAUGGUGCAGCACUUCAAGGUUACCAUCUUUGGGGAUCGUCGGCCAGUCUACGAUGGGAAGAGGAGCUUGUACACAGCCAACCCGCUGCCUGUGGCAACCGCAGGGGUGGAUCUGGAUGUCACCCUACCGGGUGAAGGGGGCAAGGACCGGCCCUUUAAGGUCUCAAUCAAGUUUGUGUCUCUGGUGAGCUGGCACAUGCUGCACGAGGUGCUAACCGGCCGCAGCGUGCCUGAGCCCCUGGAGCUGGACAAGCCCAUCAGCACCAACCCAGUACACGCUGUGGACGUGGUGCUGCGACACCUGCCCUCCAUGAAGUACACUCCAGUGGGCCGCUCCUUCUUCUCAGCCCCAGAGGGCUACGACCAUCCCCUGGGAGGGGGGAGAGAGGUGUGGUUUGGUUUCCACCAGUCUGUACGCCCCGCCAUGUGGAAGAUGAUGCUCAAUAUUGACGUGUCUGCCACGGCCUUCUAUAAAGCCCAGCCAGUGAUCCAGUUCAUGUGUGAGGUCCUGGACAUCCACAACAUAGACGAGCAGCCCCGACCUCUCACAGACUCCCACCGGGUCAAAUUCACCAAAGAAAUCAAAGGUCUGAAGGUGGAGGUCACACACUGUGGCACCAUGCGGAGGAAGUACCGUGUUUGCAAUGUGACCCGUCGGCCCGCCAGCCAUCAAACGUUCCCUCUGCAGCUGGAGAAUGGUCAAACGGUGGAGCGUACGGUGGCCCAGUACUUCAGAGAGAAGUACAGCCUGCAGCUCAAGUAUCCCCACCUGCCCUGCCUCCAGGUGGGGCAGGAGCAGAAGCACACCUACCUGCCCCUGGAGGUGUGUAACAUAGUAGCAGGGCAGCGCUGUAUCAAGAAACUGACAGAUAAUCAGACGUCCACUAUGAUCAAAGCCACGGCUCGCUCUGCACCUGACAGACAGGAGGAGAUCAGCCGACUGGUGCGCAGUGCCAACUACGAGUCUGACCCCUUUGUGCAGGAGUUUCAGUUCAAGGUGCGCGACGAGAUGGCCCACGUGACGGGGCGCGUGCUGCCUGCCCCCAUGCUGCAAUACGGCGGCAGGGUGAGCACAGAGCACUUUAUGAACCGGACGGUGGCCACCCCAAGUCACGGGGUGUGGGACAUGAGGGGCAAACAGUUCCACACGGGAGUGGAGAUCAAGAUGUGGGCCAUCGCAUGUUUUGCCACACAGAGGCAGUGUCGUGAGGAGAUCCUCAAGGGUUUCACAGACCAGCUGCGUAAGAUCUCCAAGGAUGCUGGGAUGCCCAUCCAGGGCCAGCCGUGUUUCUGUAAAUACGCCCAGGGAGCCGACAGUGUGGAACCCAUGUUCAGGCACCUGAAGAACACCUACUCUGGACUGCAACUCAUCAUCGUCAUCCUGCCUGGAAAGACCCCAGUCUAUGCGGAGGUGAAGAGGGUGGGAGACACUCUCCUAGGAAUGGCCACUCAGUGUGUCCAGGUGAAGAACGUGGUGAAGACGUCCCCCCAGACCCUCUCCAACCUCUGCCUCAAGAUCAACGUCAAGCUGGGGGGAAUCAACAAUAUCCUGGUGCCCCACCAACGACCCUCAGUAUUCCAGCAGCCUAUCAUCUUCCUGGGGGCGGACGUUACACACCCCCCUGCUGGAGACGGGAAGAAGCCCUCCAUUGCUGCAGUGGUAGGCAGUAUGGACGCCCACCCCAGCAGGUACUGUGCCACAGUCCGGGUCCAGAGGCCCAGACAGGAGGUGAUCCAGGAUCUGGCCUCUAUGGUCCGAGAGCUGCUGAUCCAGUUCUACAAGUCGACCCGCUACAAGCCCACCAGGAUCAUCUUCUACAGGGACGGAGUGUCAGAGGGCCAGUUCAGACAGGUGUUGUACUACGAGCUGCUGGCCAUCCGCGAGGCUUGCAUUGGCUUAGAGAAGGAGUACCAGCCUGGCAUCACCUACAUCGUGGUCCAGAAACGCCACCACACCCGCCUCUUCUGUGCCGACCGCAACGAAAGGGUUGGACGCAGUGGAAACAUUCCUGCGGGCACCACGGUGGACACGGACAUCACGCACCCGUACGAGUUUGACUUUUACCUCUGCAGUCACGCUGGAAUACAGGGGACCAGUCGGCCCUCCCACUACCACGUCCUGUGGGACGACAACUGCUUCACGGCCGACGAGUUCCAGCUGCUCACCUACCAGCUGUGCCACACCUACGUGCGCUGUACCCGCUCCGUCUCCAUCCCCGCGCCAGCCUACUACGCCCACCUGGUGGCCUUCCGUGCCCGCUACCAUCUGGUGGACAAGGAGCACGACAGUGCGGAGGGAAGCCAUGUCUCUGGUCAGAGUAACGGUCGGGACCCACAGGCUCUGGCCAAGGCGGUGCAGAUUCACCACGACACGCUGAGGACCAUGUACUUCGCCUGAGCACCACCCCACACCACCAUCACCGCACUUAAAGCACACAUACACACACAAGCCCCGCCUGCCAGUCAAGGAGGGUUGCAUCCCCCCACAACCAGUCAAUCCGGACCUGACACUGUGUAGAGGGAAGAGGGGGGUGGGGGAAGCCCCCCGCAAUGGACUGAGGAUGCAGACAGACGCUGCUUUAAAACAAGAGAGGAAGAACUUGGCACUAUUAUGCAAUAUUAACCCAGCCAACUGCUUUUCCUGGGCACCCCAACUCCGCCCCCACCCUCCUCCAGUCCCUCCCUCCUUUUCGCCGGUCAUGAAGGAGAUGUGUAUGGUCAACGUUGCAGAAAUCGUUCCCUUUCGUCAUCAUGCCUUUUACAUCAGCUCAGUUUUUAACGGCAGCACUUCCUGCCCUUUUUUGUGGUUAGUUCUGUUUUGACUUUUUCUUUCAUCAAAGGUUGAGGAGAGAAGAAGAAAAGGAUCAGGAGUGUGAAGGGUGGAUCUCUAUCGAUGCAGACCCAUCACUGCGCACAAGCUUGACACUGGUAUUUUCCUCUCCUUUCCAGCUUCUUUUUUUUUUAGCCAAUGGUGACUUAUCAAAAGUGUGAGUGUGUCAAUGGACACUGUGUGGUAGGAGACGAACACAAGCUAUUAUUGUGAGCACAGUGCCACCUGGAGUCUAAACGAUGUAAAUGCUCUCUUCAAAAGUCCCAACCUGUCUGGGGAAUAAGCUAUGAUGCUUAUCAUAUGAUUUCCAACUAGUUAUCAUUUGACUUGAACCAAUAAGUGCUGUGCGUAUACGCUGGCACACAUCAUAGAGGGUAAUACAAUGAUAUCACACCCUAGGUCAGUCCCUUAUGACAUAGGUCUAAUGUGCUGCAUUGCAAUGUGACCCUGUUUUAAAUUUUCUUUCCUUUACAUCGUGUUUUGAUAUUUAAGGUGCUUGUUUUGUUUUGUUUUUUACCAUUCUUUCCAGUAUUUAUUAGUACUCUCAAGAUAUAGUAAUUUAAUAUGAGACGAGCGUUUUUAUUUCUGCAUUCUUUCUAUCUCAUUGCUCUUUUGAUCUAUCCGCUCUCUUGGAUUUUAAUUUGUGGUGGAAGAUCCUAAAUUGAAUGACUGAUCAUGUUGCUUUCUCCUAGUGCAAUAAUAUUUUAGCUGAGGGGAAGGAAGCUUCUUCUAGAAGAUACAGUUUGAAUAUCUGGAAGUCUGUAGCAGUGCGUUACGAGAAUGUAGCAGAACCAAGAUCUCCUAUGAGAACUCUGUUCACAAAAUUGGCACUUUCCCGUUGCUCCUCUUUAUGAAGGGGAGUAGAGGGGUUCAGAGGUCGAAUGGUUAUGCCAGUGAGUGUGUUAUGGGUUAGAAAUCAAGUGCCUGGUUUUGGAAAUGAACAGUUAAAUGGAUGUUGUAUCGAUGGAUUAUGAUGUGGAGAUCCUAGCCUUUAAAAUGUAUUCAAACAAGGAAGUUAAAGGGCAAAAUUUAGCUGGAGAAAGUUGACUAAGCUACAUUUUGCCUCUUUUUUUUUUUUUUUUUUUUUUUUUUGGACAGACAUUACAUCGCAUUGAAAUCCUCAUGAUAGAAAAUAUAUAUAUUCUGUGUGUUAGUUAAUCCUAUUGUCUUUGCCUAAUAGCAGCAGUAUUUUAGCAGAUCAAGUCGUGCUGCACUCUGUCUCUAUCCUCAUCAGACAUGGAUCUAGCUGCUAUAUCUACAUGUACUCAAGGUGACUAAGAGUCGAGGCAUGCCUCAGUCAUGAGCGGCAGGAGAGCUAAGUCGGCAUUUCAUUUUUUUCUUUGCCAUAUAACUGAGCAUCCAAACCAAUAGUAGCUUAGCUGUCUUCUCGAGUCAACAGUUCGACGGAUCUUGGAAGUCCGGGAGAUUGAGUGAGUGACUUGUGUGGUCGCUGCUUAGCUCCUCUGUGCUCUUUGACGUGAGGCAUGCCUAGUGUUCAAGAGAGAGACAAUAAUCUGCACUAAAAGAAGUGUGUGUCAGACCGAACACAUGCCUCUGGUGCUAUGGGGGGUGGCCUCCUUGCCGCGCCCCUUUGAGAAUUUGCAGUCUGAGUCUGCCUUUUUGGGGGGGGGUUAACGAGAGGGUCUUAUGUGGGGCACUGUAGGGAUUCGUGUCCUAACUGUUAAUGGAAACAGUUGCCAUUGAGAAUCUCUUGUUUUGACGGUACAAUGAUACGAGGACACAGUUCUAGAGGCCAGGACUGCCCCAAGAGGUGAACGGUAGUGUGGUCCAAUGGUAGAAUCCUGUCCCCCCCCUGUAGUUGCAUUUGACAGCCUUCCCAACUCUAGCCUUCCCCUGGCUGGAAGCCAAUGAGUUUGAGCCUUCAUGAUCUUCACUCGUGUCCAAAAAGCCUUUUUAAAAAGCCAGAUUGGAAGAUGUGUAUAUGUACAUUUCACAUUAUUGUAAUGCUCACACCACUUAUUUUUGCUAACAAAAAAAUCUAACAUAUGUAGUUAUAUAGUUAAUCAUCAUAGUAAUAAUACCAUUAAAGGUAAACGGUGAUAAAAUAUGUAAGAGUUGAUAAUGCAAUAGACUGUUGUUGACUCGUCCUGUGGCAAUGUAUAACAUGAAUUUGUUUAUUUUGGCGUGCGUACAGUGGCGGUGAAUGUAUUUCGACAUGUAACGUGUGUCUGGAUUGUUAGACUGUUAUGGAUCGGGAUGCGGUGGACUUGUCUCCUCUGAGUUCUAGAAGUAAGAGGUACUUCUAUUUCUGGCACUCUUGGCAGCUGUUGUCAGAUCUUCCCUGUUGUCAUAGAAUCCAAAUGGAAUCGUUAAGACUUUCUUUAAGAGCAUAAUUGUUCUGACCCAGAUCGUCUCUCUCAGGCGGGAGUUGACGCCUGUAGAGUAGGGGGAGAGCGGGAGAAACCGGAAUGAGAUGGUUACCCCUGACUGGUCAUCAUGAACGUUUAGUACCGAUGUGGCCCGCAGUGUUUGAGGUUGAGCCUUGUGGGUUAUGAGACCCCUAGAGCGAGACUUGGCCCGUAACUGUUGCUUUUCUCCACGCGCAACCAAAGGCACUUCUUGUGCUCCGGAAUACAAAGCCGAAAGGCCUCCAGUAAGUCUGCAAUGUGACAGUCUAUAAUCUCACCCCCCACUUUCUCCUGACUUUUGCCUCCCUUUGCCACAUGACUACAUUCCAUAGCCAUUCGAUCUGCCAUUGGAUUCCCCUGAGAAGUGGAGAAAAGAUGGAAGACUAGAGGACAGAAGACGUUAAGUGUGUGUUGGUUGGUACAAUGUAGGGCAUUGUAGUUAGAUGGGUUUUUGUGUAUGUGGCUGGUUCUGGUGUGUGUAAAGUGAGAAGUAGGGCUAAGUGCCAUUUGAGGGAGGUGGCGUGUCUGGAUCGGGACAUUGUUUAGCAAGCGACAAGCGUAGCUCUCAUCCAAGCUGACAUUAUGAUGAACGUCAAGGACGACAGAACGUUCAGAUUUUCCUGGGCAAAAGAACACAGGUUUACAUAUAGCAGAUGUGUUCGCCUAAUAUCCUUGUAACAUUACAACUCCCUAAAUCGUCGCCGGUAAAGUUUUUCAGAUGUUCAUUUUGUUUUCAGCAGUUUUUUUUUUCUUUUUUCUUUUUUGUGCUUAUUUUAUAGAUAUUUAUGAGCAAGGCCUUUCUAGGUCUAAAACAUCACCCCAGAGUUUCCUAUGCUCUAUGAAAAGUAGCUAUAUGUACAGUAGCUAUGUCUGUGUUCAUUCCAUUUGCCUGUGACGCACAGAUGUACUGGAUUUUGAGUUCUUUCUUUUCGGGGUAGAAGGUAAAUCUAUGGCAGAGUGACGAAGGCCACAGAAAGUGCCUUUCUUAAUGGUGGUGCUGUAAAACAAACGUCAAAUGGAAAAUCAAAAAGACAUCUAUCUCAUGUUUGAAGAAAAAAACGCCUGCGUUUUAUGCACAGUACACACACACACACACACACACACACACACACACACCAAGAUUGAUACUGAGGACCAGUCUGUUUGUUAAAGUAUAUGAUUGUGGUUGAGCGUUCACUUGGUGGUGCAUGUUGAGUCUAGACCAAUGGACUCGGUUGGUUGGUACAGUGGAACUUGCAUUGACAAGCGAGGUCACAUUUUAAACCGGUGUGUGUGUGACACCGCCUUGCCCACGAAUGACAAACAUAGCACAGCACUUUAUAGACUGCCACUCUCACUCAGACAUAAAGCCAAGAGGUUUUCUGUCUCUGUUCCUCCUCCAAUCCCCACCUCCCAGAUACAGUGGAGUAUCGAGAACUUGUUUUAUUAUGUGAAUGAGGAGAUUUUCCUCCUCUGGGAAAGGAAUUGGAUUACGACACCAAACAACAGUUGCUAUCGCUACUAGGUGGUCAUUUUAAAAGUGUGCCUCCAGCUCAUGUGACUUCGCUGAUGAUGACUCUGUUUUGAGUCCGCCUGCAUUUUAUAUGGUUUCUCCUUAAGAAUCUGAAAGCACCAAUGGUUUUUAAGUGUUCCAGUGUAAGGCGUCCAUAUUAGGAAGUCGGCAGUUGUCUGGCCCAUGGCAUUCUCUCAUCCUAGUGCAAUGCCCUCACCCUGCCGUGUGUCCGUCUUGUCCUUAAUGGAAGGAUAGUGGGCCCACUUUCAUUGGUGUUUGGGGGCAAGUUCGGGUGUAGAAUAAGACUCCGAGGGUCUGUAUGAGUCAUUUGGGGUAUCCGUCAGUCCAGGGUGGGGGGGGGGCCUCACUUACCUUGGUAUGCUGCAUAUAUUAUACCACAUGAGAGGAAAAACUGCAAAUACUGCUUUGGUUAUUACAGUAUAAUGCUUGAAUAAUACCUGAUUAUGAUAUUCUUGUAACUAUUUUAGACAGACGUAUAACUGUAAGAUUCUUGUUUUAGUUUUUUUGUCUUAACACUUAUCUGACUUGAGCCGAACGUUUUAUUUUGUUGUCCUAUUUAAAUGUUAUUUUUAAUAUGUAUAUGAAAUGUAUAUUGCAAAAUAUUUUAUGCUGUAUUUAUUGAGUGUAUAAACGAGCGGCCAGCUAGAGUCUCAUUGGCAGCAUGGUGGAGCUAGGGGACGAGGCCUUAAACCACCCCACCCCCCUCCAUGUUGAAGCCUUAUCCUCUCCAGACACGCAAGCACAGCGACGUGGUGGUGGGCGGACGAAGGGGCACAGCUGAGCAGGGGGACCUGUUUUUUAGUUGUUGUUUUUUUGUGUUUUUUUAUAUAUAAUGAGGUAUUAAUUAUGUAGACUCCUGCGUCUAGCUGUUUAGCUUUCUGGUUUGGCUCCUCGUGAAGGGAAGAGGCCUUCUCAUAUGUCCUCUUACCCCCUUGUACUCCCUCUUCCCUCUCUCCCCGGUUCUCUCCUCCCAUCUUGGUGAGGCCACCCCCACAUGUUGCGUCUCAUCUCCUGUAGGGUUAGGGGAACCUUUACUGAACCACAUGGACUGAGCUGACCACUGACAUCCUCAUCCAGAGCGGCUAAUAUGUUAGCCAUAUAAACUCCCCUGGCCUGGUAGAGUACAGGUGGGUGAGAAUAGAGAGAAGGAGGGAAUGAUGGUGUCUGUGCUCAGGCAGAGGAUGUUAGGUGUGGCUUCUGUCCUUUCACGUUUCCCUUGUGCCAGAGACUUUUACACAGGAAGGAGUGGAGUGUAAAGUCUCAUUCCGCUCAAAUACAAGCCUCCGCCUUAAGUGUGUUCUUACUUCGUUGUUGGGUUUUAUUUACGACUACGGAACGCCUGAGUUGAGUACAAAAAAAAAUGGCCUCACUCCAAAAUGGCAUCCUCGUGUUUCUUUUCAAACCACUAACAGUGCUACAGUAGUUGUUGAGCCCCAACGUACAAAGUGUAUCUUUCCCCACGUGUGUGGAUGUAAGAACAAGAGCCCGAGGGUUCUGUGUGCUUACUUGUACCUGUAUAAUGAAUCACGGUGUUGUAAUAAUUAAUUGCUGUUCUGUUUGCCCACGGGGUCUGUUAGUUGUUCCAACCUCACUCUAGGGUCAGAGGUCAGAGGCAUGGAGCUUGGAAGGGGUCGUCAACCCUGUUCAGAACUUUUUUAAUAGGCUUUUCUACCUAAUACCCACAGACGAGUCCUUUUUAGACAUGUUGACUCCAUUUAGCUAUCUGUUUGAUGUGCAAGCAGCUUGCUUUCAGUCUAUUCGCAGUCCAUGUUAAGAUUUUGAAGAAACAUUUGCUCGAGAGAUUAUCGGAUGCUGUUUUCCCAAUGUUACACUGGUUUGAAGACAGAUCUCGUCAGUGGCCAUGAAUGCUGGACUUUUUAAAGGGGUUCCCUAUAUGUUUCAUCGGUAUCUUGAGGUUAGAUUUGUAUUUGACGUGUGUCAGUUAGGAUUGUGCGCUGUGAUAGCAUUUUGAGUCCUGAGGCACCAGCUAAAAUCAAUGGGUGUUUGAUGAUUAGAACAAGGUCGCCACAUGAGUUCCAUGCCUCCAGCUCUCUCCCUUACUACUCUGAAUGUUUCAAACUCUCUGUUGUACCAACAGGUCUUUUUUAUUUCAGUUUUAAACGUUUUUUGUUUAAUUAUUCUUUCUUUUAGGCCUUCAGUUUUGCUUCGCUACAAUUUGAAGUGUAUCUUUCACUAAUACUUGUAAUAAAAAGCUUUGCUUUAAAA